AUGACAUCACAAACCUACAGCUCGUCAACUCGAGCUGGCGUCAAGCCGCCAAACCAACCCACUGCAUCGCCUAACUUCGCCGACCCGAACUUCGACCCAGCCGACUUCCUCAAUGACUCUCUAUCACCGCUGACUGUGGCAUCAUCACAACUCAAUGCCUCUCGGUCACUCGGCUCUGUGCCCCUGACAGAGCUGUCUGCGCAGGUCCAGUCCCUCCUCUCCCAGAUUAGCGCCCAAAAUAUCCGUCUCUCGAGCACAUUAUCCCAACUCACCGACGAAAUCCUCCGAAGCGGUGGACGACUAGCCUACGAAGUCGAAGUCCUACGAGGCGAGACAAUCGGGCUAUCCGAAACCCUAACUGAAGUCCUACGCGACGACAUAACAAAGUUCGUCCCGGACCCGUCACCAGAAGACGGGCGUAAGACCGAACAAGCAGAAGAGGAUGCGCCAACAAACGAGGACGAGUCGGCAGCAAGCCCAGACACCAAGAACAAACCCGCCGUCCCGACAGACCCAGAAUACAUAACAAAUCUCCGCACCCUGAACCAAGUGCGAUCGCGCCUAGAAGACGUUGUACAGACCUUCGGCGACGCAAUGAGCUGGCCGUUACCCCCAUCCGAGAUCUCGUUCUCAUCAUCCUUCAUCUCAGUCUCAGGACCAGACCUCGGGCCCGAAGGCCAAGACCGCGAAGAAAAGGGCCAAGAAAUGAUGAAGAAGCUACGCACAGAAGUGAGCGAGCUACUCGACAGCGAGGGCGGAGGAUACGCCGGACUGGACGCUGCCAACCGCCGCGUUGAAGCUCUGCGGACGCUGGCGACUGUGUGGAAUGCAUCGGCCGAGGAAAAAGCCCGUAAUCGGUUCGUGGAUAGCCUGGCGAAUAUCGUGGAGGAUCGACGGCGCGCCUUGGAUCAGCAGCAGGAUCAGAACCAGCGAACACAGUCUAAGUCUAGGUCUGAGGCUCGGCGCGAUAGUGACAGUGGGGCACCGGCUGGUGGGCUGUUCCGGAAUUUACAACGUUUGAGAGAGGAAAUCUACUUGGAGUGA